CCAUUUCGAAGAAGAUCAGAGCCGUUCAUUACCAACACCACACUCUGAGAAGUCAUUAAGCAACGACUGGCGACGACCUCCUCCUCUCUCCCCUCUCUGGAUCUUUCCGGUUGUUUAUUGGAUCUCUCAGCUAUUCUCUCUCUAGAUCGGGGAAAUUAAUGGGGGACUGGGGGCCGGUGCUGGUGGCGACGGUGCUGUUCGUGCUGCUGACGCCGGGGUUGCUGUUCCAGCUUCCCGGCAAGAGCAGAGUGGUGGAGUUCGGGAACAUGCAGACUAGCGGCGCCGCCAUUCUGGUCCACGCCGCCAUCUACUUCGGUCUCAUUACCAUCUUCCUCAUCGCCAUCGGCGUCCACGUCUACACCGGCUAAGCCGAUGCUGCUUCUGCUUCGAUUCCGAAAGCUUCCGUUCGUUUAGGACCCGUCCUGUAACCUAUUUACACUUUUCCGAUUGCUAUUACAGUGUUUAAGUGGUGUUGUGGAGUGGAGGAUCUGUUCCUCCUCUUUUGUUGUUCUUGCGUUAUUUUCCUUUACAGAUUGGAUUCGAAGUGGAUGUUCGUUGUUUCUUUGCAUA